AUGGGUAGCCGGGCGCAGGCUGAUAUGUCGCUCUACUCGCGUUCUUUGUCCGGAUUGUUACCGCGUGCGUUCAACGAACGGAUCGUGGAGUUACGCGCUCGUCCGAAGAGUUUGUCGUUACAGCCUGUUGCUGACGCGACAAACGUGCAGCCUGAGGAGCUGGUGACACUGAAGUUUUAUUUGAAGGACAACCUGAUUGAGGACAGUUUGGAGGAAGAGAAUCUGGCAUUUUUGCCUGACCAAGUUUUAGCCCGAGUUAGUGUGGAAUUCGGAGAAGAUCUGGAGUUAGUUAGCACCUCCUACGACGUUGAGACAUCGAGUCUGACAGUCCAAGUGAGGACAGCAGACGACAUCGUUGCCGGUAGCCACCCAGUCACGGUCAACUACCGCCAGCGCGCGUGUGUAUCGAACGCGUGUGCAUCCAAUGCGGACGAGGCAUCUAGUGAAGACGAGGGGACGGAGCGGUUGGUGAAAGCAGUGGCGCACGUGCACGCGGAUUCCGAGGUUGAGGAACUGCACGUGUUUGAGUUCAAUGAUAUCCAUGGCCGGAUCGGCUCGGCUGUGGAGGGUGCGAAUGCUCAGGGGUUGAUUUUCGCGGGUAAGUUGUUGGCCGAGAUGGAUGGGAAAGACGCGGUGUUGUUGUCUGCGGGUGACAACAUCGGUGCAAGUGUGUUUGCUAGUGCGAUGAACAAUGACACGCCACUGGUUCGGUUGGAAACGUUGGUCGGAUUGCAGGCUUCAGUGGUGGGUAACCACGAGUACGACCAGGGUUGGGCGGCGCUGCAGACGCGGCUGGUGGAGGAGUGGGAGGGCAUGCCUAUGUUGGCGGGCAAUGUGAAGUUGCGUAGCGACGGUUCAGUGAGUCUACCUCUUUCAACCGUGGUCACCUCUUCAGGUGGCGAUUACAAAGUCUGCGUGUCCGGCGUGGUAACGACCGAGACGCCGAGCAUGGUCUCCCCCGCCGGGAUUGCCGACCUCGACUUCCAGGACGCCGCCGAGACGAUCAAGGCCGCCGAAAGAGUCAAAGACGCAACCUGUGACGCGAGCAUCCUACUGGUGCAUCAGGGCGCCCCACAGGACGACCCCGAGAACACGUACAUGGACGAUGUGUUGGCCGGCGAUAGUGAGUUCGCACGUGUGGUCUCGGCGGGUGCGAGCUUCGAUGCGAUUCUUUCCGGCCACACACACCAUUACUACCAAUAUCUAAAGGAGAGGGAGGGGGCAUUGGUGCAGCCCAUUAUCCAGACGGGUUGUUAUGCUGCACGCAUUGGUCAUAUCACGUUAACCUUCAACAAGGCCGACCGCAAACUGACACAGGUAGCGUCUGAGUUAAUUGUAGUUGACCCUGCCACGGAGGCAGAAAAUUUGCCUGGCUGGCUCGAAAAGUACCCAGAACUUGUGGAGAUCCGGGCCAUGCUGGACGAGGCUUUCACAAAAGCUGACGAGGCAGGGAACGAACAAGUAGGUACUGUGGAUGGCGCCAUUCCCAACGAUAUGGACCGCUCCCACGAGUCGCCUCUGGCGGACUUGGUCGCCGAUGGACUGCGUUACGUGUGCCAGAUUGCUGCGGACAACAAUGCUGCGGAAAGUGGUACUCAAAGUGAAAUCGUGCAGGCUGCGUUCAUGAACCCUGGCGGUGUCCGAGUCCCAAUCGAUUACAAGGACGAUGGCGUCGUUACCUACCGUGACGUGUUCAACGUACUGCCCUUCGCCAACACGAUUGUGUGCGGAAACAUGACGCCUCAGGCCAUUUACGACACACUUGAGUACCAGUGGAACACGCUUCCGCAUGGUACGGACGGUCAGACCGCCGGGCGGGAACGUAAUCCGCUCAUUCUAGGUGUGUCCGGACUUGUGUAUGAGUACGACGUUUCUAAACCGGAAGAACAGCGCGUCGUGUCCGUGUUGCUUGUAAACAAUGCAACGGGCAUGACUACCAAGUUGGACCGCACGGAUGAUACCACUCAAGUGCUGGUAGCGACCAAUGACUUCUUGGCCGCGGGUGGCGACUCUUUUUUGGCCGUCGCAAGGACCAAGGCAGAAGACUGGAGACAGAGCGGCUAUAGCGACAGCGAAAGCCUUGUCAAGUACAUCCAAGACCACUCCCCCGUGCAGUCCGUCUUCCAGCCUCGGUCCACUCCCUCCGGCUGGCAAGACGUUACCGACACCGUCGCCAUUACCGCCGGUUGCACCUCCGACCGGUUCGUCCUCUCAGUCAACUCACCAGACGCCGACCUAGAUACAGCCCGAGUCUUCCUUAGCAACCACGACGACCCAGCAUCCAAUGACAACCUACUCGCAGUCACCCCCAUUGGCCAAAACCAACCCAGUACCUUUUAUGUUUCCGGCCUCUAUCAGAACAACGUCACCGUCAGCGUCUUCUCUGAACUCUUCUCAGGAAACCCCAUUCCGCAAGGCGUCAGCGCUAAUUUCGAAGCCCUUUGCGCAACACCCACCAACCAAGCGAACGGAGUACACAGCCUUACCGCUGCUGCUCUCACCCUGACUAUCUUGGCUGUCUCGUGUAUGUGA